GCGCCCGACACUCUCACCUCUCUGCCGUCGACAGCUGCUCUCGGCGCCAUGACCCAGAAGGCGGUCCUCAUCACGGGAUGCUCCUCGGGCAUCGGCCUGUCGCUCGCCACGCGCAUCGCCAAGGACGAGAAGAAGAGGUUCAUGGUCUACGCCACCAUGCGGAACCUGGGCAAGGGCGAGGCGCUGGUGGAGGCGGCGGGUCGCAGCCUGGGUCGCACUCUGGAGAUCAAGCAGCUGGACGUGUGCGACGAGGCGUCCAUCAAAGCCUGCGUGGACAGUCUUCCCGAGCGCAGGGUGGACGUCCUGAUCAGUAACGCCGGCAUGGGCCUGAUCGGACCCAUCGAGUGCCAGUCCAUCCAGGAGAUGAAGACCGUCAUGGACACCAACUUCUUUGGACUGGUCAGGCUGCUGAAGGAGAUCCUUCCCGACAUGAAGCGACGCAAGAAAGGUCACAUUGUGGUCAUCAGCAGCGUCAUGGGCAUACAAGGUCAGGCCCUCCGCUCUUCACCUGAGGAACCUGCUCUUCUUUUCCACUUCUUCUUCAGGCCAGGAAUCCUCUUCAAUGACGUCUACGCCGCAUCCAAGUUCGCCGUGGAGGGGUUCUGUGAGAGUUUGGCCGUGCAAGCCCUGAGGUUUAGUCUCAACAUCAGUCUGAUCGAGCCUGGUCCCGUCAUCACAGAGUUUGAGCGUAAAGUGUACGAAGAAGGCCUGAAGACCGACCUCAGCGGUGCAGACAAAGUGACGGCAGACAUGUUCACCAACAUCUACCUGAAGAACUACAAACAAAUAUUUGAAACACUCGGUCAGACGGCCGAGGACGUGGCCGAGCACACGCUGAAGAUCAUCACCAUGGACAACCCGCCUUUCCGCCACCAGACCAACACGCUGUACACCCCCAUGACCACGCUCAAGUACGCCGACCCCAACGGCGACCUGCCCAUCGACACUUUCUACAAGAUGGUGUUCGAGCACGACAAGGUCUUCAACGCCAGCCUCAACUUCCUCAAGCUGCUGCGCUGGAGGAGCAGGAAGAGCUUCACCAGCGACAAGAGCAACUGAGCACCUCCAUCUUGGCUCCUCAAUGCAUCGUCUGAAUGUAUCAUCUCUCUAUCACAAAUGAUUGAAGUAUUUAUUCCACUGUGUACCUAAUGAAGUGGCCGCUCUGUAUCAUCCUUUGCAGCAGUUGACCAGUAAAUGAGAUAAUAGAAGAA